UGAGCUAAGUUUCCGUUUAGAUGGAGAAAGAAACCGCUGCGUCCAGAAGGAACGGACUCCGCGUUUCCCUGUGAAAGUGGACGUUUCUCUGCAUAAUGGAGUAGCGGGUAGUGGACCUGCUAUGGUGUAUGCGCUGCCAUUGCACCUGCCGAGUUGAUCAGCUGACAGAGAGACACCUGAUCCAGCAUGCCGGUCGUCGGAUCCAGAUUCUUCUUCAUCGCGGGGUUUGUGGUCGGGACCUUCACUCUGUACGUGUUCCUACGGCAGGUGUCGUUCGAGACGGGGCUGUCCGCGCCGCAGGCCGCCAACUCGGUCAGGGACUAUCAGCUUGGGCUGGCUGAAGAGCGCAAGAUCUGGAAGAAGCAGGGGUCUGCUCUGUUCAACCUGAAGCACCCUCAUCAGAAAGGUGAGGAUGGCCAUAUUGCUGAUGAGCUGUACAAAAAGGUGCGCAUUCUUUGCUGGGUGAUGACUGCACCGAAGAACUUGGAGAAAAAGACUCGACAUGUGAAGACCACGUGGAGUCGUCACUGCAAUGUGGUGGUCUUCAUGAGUUCCGUGGAUGACCCCGACUUCCCCACUGUGGGAUUGGGUACAGAGGAAGGUCGGGAUCAGCUGUAUUGGAAAACAAUCCGGGCCUUCCAUUACGUCUAUGAGCAUCACAGCCACGAGGCAGAUUGGUUCCUCAAGGCAGAUGAUGACACCUACGUUAUUGUAGACAACUUGCGUUGGGUUCUUGCGAACCACACGCCGGACGAGCCAAUUUACUUUGGCCGACGGUUCAAGCCCUAUGCCAAGCAGGGCUACAUGAGUGGCGGAGCAGGUUAUGUCUUGAGCAGAGAGGCUCUACGGAGAUUCGUAGAAGGUUUUAAAAGCAAACAGUGCACUCACACUUCCUCUGUAGAGGACCUGGCAAUGGGACAGUGCUUGGAAAAAGUCGGGGUGCUGGCAGGAGACUCCAGAGACACUGAGCAGAGGGAGACAUUUCACCCCUUUGUUCCGGAGCAGCACCUCACCGCGAAAUUCCAUAAGAGUUUCUGGUAUUGGAGCUACAACUUCUACCCAAUCAUAGAGGGUCCAUUCUGCUGCUCAGACUUGUCUGUGUCUUUCCACUAUGUUGAUGGAUCACAAAUGUAUUUAUUGGAGUACUACACCUAUCACCUGCGUGCCUUCGGCUAUACACACCGUUACCAGCCCCCCAGCCCAAAGCGCUACAGAAUCGAGCAUUCAGGUUUGGCUGCAGAAGAACAAAAGGAGCCGGCUCCUCAGGUGAAAGGCAAAGGAGAAAGCGGUGAUCUGCCCAAGAUGGACAUGAAACAGGACGCAGAUCAUCAUCCUGCAGCUGGUAAAGAUUCUCCCAUUGCACCAGAGGUGAAACAACAGUAGGACUCUAUGGUUGUUUGAAGGGAUCAGUGUCAUUAGGAAGACACAGAAUUGUUUGUUUUUAAAUCUUUGCUUAUUCAUUGAUUCUGAUAAUUUUGGGACAUAUUUCUACAAAAGUAGAACGGUCCACUUUGAUCGGAAGUGUCUGGAGCUGAAGGACUGCUACUAACUUCAACUUGCGACUGCAUUUUAGGCUCAAAGUGGCUCUUAUUUUUCCAGAUUUGUAAGAUGGUUUUUACAAUUUUAAAGUUGAGAGCACUUUUCUGUAGGCUUUGAUCAUUUAAAAUCAAACCAUAAUUAUUUCUCACAGCUACGUUUUGUCGUCCACCAAAACCCGAUCAAACACUCUUUAGUGUUGAAGUUGUUUGACUUCAUUUCUUUCAUAGUGAAUUAUGUGCCUGCUAAUGGCAAUAAAUGAUGUGUCUUGAACUUAAUCAAGUGAAGAGGUGAGGUUUGCUGCUACUCAAUACAUUUUCUGAUUAUUGAACAAGACAACAAAAAUAUAAUGUUAGAUUAAUAUCUGUGCACUCAUCAAUUGGUAUCAUAGAUGAUAUUGGAUUUGUUCUUAGAACCAGCUUUCUGACGCCAAAUUUGAUUCAGGCUUUACUCAAAAGUAUUUUUUUCCCCAUAGAUAAUGAAAAUUUGUCUUAUCAGAUUUAUUUAGCUGAAUGGUCGGACCACAGUCAGCUAGGAUUCUGCAGCACUGUUGAAAUAUCACACUUAUCCUCAGAAUAAUCCAGGAAUAAAAAAACACCAAUACAAGAACAUGAGCUAAAUUUCAUUAGCAAGGUUUUUGGAGUCCUCUCUUUCUCUUAAUGGCUAACAUAGAGAUGCAUUAAUGUGACCACAAUGCUUUAAAUGAUAAGUCCUGAUGACUGGAUUUGAACAUUCGAGCCAAAGAUUUUCCUCUGGGAUGAGACCAGACUGAGGAAGCACAGACACGCUGUCGCUGUUAUCUGUGAACACUUCUUGUUCAAGUUAAUGUUGGUGCUUCCCUAUUGUGUAUAACUGGUGUUUUAUAUGUUCAGUCAUCACAACCUUUUAUUUGAUCUGGGAUCUAACGAGCACCUUCAGCUGGAGAACAGGACGUCAGUGGGCGGUAGUCAACCAAAGAAAAUCUUCCUGGAGUUGUUACUUCUCUUCAACCAAUCAUUUAGUCUUGAGUGAAAAAAAAACCUGCAUGUUAUCUCUAUAUUGAUUAAAUUGGCCACAGUGUACCCCACCGGCAAUAAUCAGACUAAUUAUAUUUUUGUUGGAUGAUGUUGCAUGUUGAAAAGUCGAGUGGGAGACUGCAGCUUUCGCUAUCAGUCAACAGCUUCCUUUCCUUCUUACCCAUCCAUGGCACAUGGCUUUCUAUUUGUUUUUGCCGAAACUGUCUCUGGAUCAACACUUCACACUUCCCUUUAUCUUCUCCUGGUGGACUCUUUAGCGUGUGCCUUGUACAGUAUAUUGAGAUUGUUUGAGUCAACAGUUGAACACAUGACUUUGCACUGUGACAUGACCACAAUGAGAGUGACAACUUUCAGAUGGAGCUUAUUGAAUCCUUCCAAUGUAUAGAGCAUUGCCUUUGCCAGUGGAUGACUUGUUGUUCAUGAGGUGAAUAAGCAGGAUUGAUUUCUUUUCUACAAAUGUACUUUCAGUAAUGUGUAUUUUCUAAAUGCUGGGUGGGUUGGGACAGAGCCUUUUCUUUUUCUACUCAGUACAUUGUAUUUAUUAAAAAAUAAUUCUUCCCAGUUUUUUUACUACAUUGUUGCCAAACAAAGAGUAUGUUUUGGCGGGAGAUUCAUUAAUUACCAAAUACAGAAGAAAAUAAAAUGAAACUAAAAAAUGGCCUCAGGAAUCAGGCAGGAUUAAGUUUUAUGUAAAAAUGAAUUUGAGUGUUUUGGGGGCUGUUUGGUAUGUUUCCUUUUUAACCACUUAAACCUUUUAAUUUCCUUUUGAGUUCACACAUGUAUGAGGCAACUAAAGCCUAAUCUCAUUUCCAAAAGCCUUUUUCUGUGUUCCUAAUUGGUUUCCAUCAGUACAUGACCACAGAGCAAGUAGGAAAAGUUUAAACAAAUCAACACCUUGUUUUUAAAUUAUUAACCAUUUGGUAUGGGUUUUUGGUGUCCUAUAUUUAUAGUAUAAAUAUUCCUAAAUUUCAUUAAUCACUUAUAACAAAUUAUUUUCAGGUUAACCAUAAACUUUAUUUUAAAUAACUACAAAUGAGUUUGAAAAUAUUUUUGUACAUAAAAUACAUCGUAAACACAUUUUUAAAUGGCAAUACAGAUAUGUCCACAAAAGGCUCAUAUGCGCAAUAUUUCCAUCCACCCAAUAUAUCGGUCGGGUUCCAAAAAUUAUGUUCACCCUUGUUUCCAAGUGUAAUAAAAAGUUUUGGACUGAUUUUGACAGUUUUUUUGCAUCACCAACACUUGCCCUAGCAACCCGUUGAUAACUGCCUAAAUGUAUGUUUAUAUUGACGUCUGAACAGACACAGUGUUUGCUUCUUGACCUUACUUUGUGUUAGUGGUUGAGCACACGUGGGCAGGGUUCGUUUCUGUGAAUGGUUCUUAAAUCACUAUAAAUAAAUGCAUAUUUUAUUGUA